CAAUAAUAUCGUUUGCGGCCCCAUUCAUGGUCAGCGCGUCAAUGGCAGGUCUCUUCAGACCGAUACAGGCUCUGUGUAGGUCAGCACGUAGAGCUCUCCAUGUCGCCCCAGAUUCAACCACCACAGCCCUCAAUGUUAUACGCUCUCAACCAUCCCAAUACAUCGUUGCAUCCGUCGUUGGACGCAAAUACCUGCUUUCUCCUCGCGAUAUUCUCACCAUUCCUCGACUGCGCGACGUGAAAGUUGGAGAUGUCCUCGCACUUGAUGACAUACACGAGCUCGGUUCAAGAGAGUACACUCUCCGAGGGAACCCCACAAUACCACCUUCAAAAGUAAAGGUUGAGGCGACCGUUCUAGAGCACACGAAGGGAAAGAUGGAGUUCGUCUUCAAAAAGAAACGGAGAAAGGGCUACCAGAAGACGAAAAGACACAAACAGACUUACACGCGUCUACGUAUUGGUGACAUUGUCAUACCCACAGCCAAGCCAGUAAUAUCAUAGGAUCCAUAUAAUCGUCUUUCACUUGUUUGCGACUUGGGCGUUGGAAUCACAAUCUAAGGACCCGAAUGUGAACUUCAUUCAUG